UCGGUGACUCCGGAAAAAUUAAUUUAUUAAGCUGUGUUAUUAAUUAGAAAAAUGCAUGUUCGAAUGAGAUUUUAUGGACAGCCCGAAGCCGUUCUCGUAGUUGAGUCAAAGCUUACAAAGAUCGAACAUUUCAGACUUGUAAUUAGAGAUAAGUUCAAAGUGGCUCCUGAACUGCAACGUUUAAUUUACGGUGGAAAGCUGCUUGAAGAUGGUUAUACAUUCCAUGACUACAAUAUUAAGCUUAAUGACGUCAUACAAUUGAUUGAGCGAGUACAACCAGUUGACAAACAAGACAAUGAUGAAGGAAAGAACCAGAAGAAAGAUAAGGCUCAAGAAGAGAAGACUGUAGAGUAUACAGAUGCCACUAGCACACUGUAUGAAGUGGGAGAUCUUAUUGAUGCAAAGCACAAGAGUGGAUACUGGUUGGAGGGCACAAUAAUUAGGAUAGUACUGGAUCCAGAAUUACACAAAGAUGACAAAUCUUCAAGAACCUUGGAAAAGGAAGCUGAAGAAAUUUCUGAUGAAAAUAUUUUAUUCAGAGUGAAAUUACAUCAUGAUACCGACGAGGAAGAAACUUUCUGUAAACUGACAGAAAUUAGACCAAGAGCCCGGAACGAAAUUGAUGCUGAAGAUGUUCAAAUAGGGCAGAUUGUUAUGUUAAACUAUAACAUUGAUGACCCAGGAGAAAUAGGUGACUGGUAUGAUUUCAAAGUAGAUGAGAUAAGAAAACGCAGAAAAAACUAUGAGCUCAUCGGUACACUGUACUUGGGUUCCGAAUCAGUGCCACAGAACAAUACAAACAUACUGGUAAAAGACAAAAUAUUUACCAUUGAGGAGCCAGUGCCUUUGUCAGAAAGAAGUGAGGCGUAUAUCAAAACGAUUGCAGUCGCACCACCAAAAAGAAGCCAACCGAUUAUCUGUAAAAAGUGUGGUGAUGAUGAAAGCAGGCCUUGCAAACGUUGUGGUUGUUAUAUAUGUGCUGGAAAGGAUUUGCCUGGAGAGAUAAUCCUCUGCGACGAAUGUGAUAACGGCUUUCACCUCAAGUGUCUGAAACCGCCUCUAAUAGCUAUACCGGAGGAGGAUUGGUACUGCAACACUUGCAAACGAGAUCCAAAUGAUGUGAUAGCGCCGGGCGCCGCUAGACAGACGAAAAAGACCACUGGCUCUGAGACUACCCGAGACUGGGGACGUGGGAUGGCCUGUGUUGGCAAAACGAAAGACAGUGCCAUGCCAGCAGAUCACUUCGGUCCCAUACCAGGCAUGGAAGUUGGUAUGAUGUGGCGAUAUCGCAUGCAGCUCUCGGAAACUGGGCUACAUAGGCCAAGCGUCUCAGGGAUUCAUGGUCGAGACGCCUUGGGUGCCUUUAGCAUAGUAUUAUCCGGUGGUUAUGAGGACGACGUAGAUAACGGCAACGAGUUCACGUACACCGGAAGCGGCGGCCGAGACCUCUCCGGUAACAAGCGCACGGCGGAACAGUCCUGCGAUCAGAAGUUUACACGGGAAAAUAGAGCCUUAGCUCGUAACUGCGCUGCGAAGUCAGUAAGUGAGGACGGAGGGGAUGCAGGCGCGAAGUGGCGUGAAGGGAAACCAGUUCGCGUCAUGCGCUCGUACAAGAUGCGCAAGGCGUUUCCCAAGUACGCACCGCUUGAAGGCAUACGGUAUGACGGAAUUUACAAAGUAGUGAAGUACUAUCCAGAAAAAGGUCUUUCUGGUUUCCGCGUGUACAAAUACCUACUGCGUAGAGACGAUCCUAGCCCAGCACCUUGGGAGCCGGAUGCAAAGCAGUUUUCUAUUGUCUACCCAGAUGGCUACUUAGAAGCCGAAGCACAAAAACUGAAGCUCAAACAGACUAAAAGUAAAACCAAAGAUACUAAAAAUGGAUCGCCCGAGAGUACUACGAAGGCUUUGAGCGAGAACAAUCACAAGCCAACACGCAAAAGCAAAAGAUCCACAAACGGUAGCAAGGACAGCAAAAAGACAAAUGGCGUAGGGAAAACAACGGGCAAAAGACGCAGGAUAUCCUCAAGCGAGGAUAACACGCAGAGUUCAGAUGAAAGCAGCGACAAUUCUAGUAAAAGUAAUACAAGGAAUAGUAAGGACACCAGUAGGAAAUCUGUUACCAGGACGAAACAACCUGAUGUAUCAUCUCCCGCAGUAGAAAAAUCGCCUAAGGGCACAAAAUCUGAUGAUUCAGCCAAAAAGGUGGUCAAACUUGGUUUCGCUAAAAACGAGAGUUCGAAACAGAGCAAUAAGAGUGAGAAACGAACGAGAAAACGGAAAAACUCCCCAGAUGAUAAAACCUGUCAGACCAAACUCACGUUCUCUCCGGUUAGUAAAAAGGUCAAGAAAAAUCUGGAUUCUUUCACUGAAGAUUCAAAAUCAAAUUCGGACGAAGAGAAGGAGAACGUAAAGCUUACUGCGAGUGAACAGAAGGCUAUUGACGCUGACGAGUUAAACGCUAAACUGUGGGGCGAAUGUCUUGAGAUCUGCCAGCAACAGAGCAAAAGGGAGUUCAUAGAAAAUGUGAUGCAAGUUUUCCGCUGCAUUAUAUGCCAGGGAUUGGCCGUUUCCCCUGUAACAACACCAUGCCUUCAUAAUUUCUGCUUUUCAUGCAUGAAGCGGGCCUUCAAAACGACAGUGUCCAAAUCCUGUCCGUACUGCCGUCAGAAAUUGACAGAUUUCGAGCUGACUACCAACGAACAACUUAUGACCGCUUUACGCACAAUCCUACCGGGCUAUGACGCUGGACAGAAGUAAAGUCACCAUAAAGCUGGAUCCACACGCAGGUACAUGCUCGACGAGCAAGCUGUACAGUAUAUCUGACUGGUCUCUGUUAUUGCCAUCGAAC